AUGACCCCAGAAGACAACGAACCCGUCUACUUCUGGCGACUGGAAGACGACAACGCUUUUCUGGGCCAGUGGUAUCCGUCUUCCUUUGAAUGGAAGAAUGGGAACGAUACGUUCUACUACGCUAAUGCUGAACAAUACAUGAUGCACCGCAAAGCCCUCCUCUUCGCCGGUCCCGACCACCCUCUGACCCGGCAGCUCGAGACCGGAGGGAAAGUGAACCCCCGCAAGCUGCGCAGCCUGGGUCGCCAGAUCCCCGGGUUCGACGAGAAUGUCUGGGAGGCGCAGAGGUACGCCAUCGUGGCCGAGGGCACCUAUCUCAAGUUCGCGCAGAACCCGGAUCUUGCGACGCAGCUGCUCGCCACGGGCACAAGGGAGAUCGUCGAGGCGAGUCCCCGCGAUCGUAUCUGGGGGGUGGGAUUUGGGCGCGUGUCUGCGGGCCUGAGGCGCGAGGAAUGGGGGUUGAAUUUGCUGGGGCAGGCGUUGAUGGAAGCUAGGGAUAGGUUGAGGAGUGAGAAGGCAGAGGAGUAGGGGCUACUGGCGAGGACUGGCUGUUUGUUAUUUGUGUCUCUAAUGUUUAGUUUGAAUUGUCUAUUACCAGCAUCCACUUUGGAAUAACAUUAGACACCGUUCCAAAGUAGAAUAAGACUCUGACAGCCGUAACAAAU